GUCAGCUGUUGGAGGGCCUAGUUCUGUAUGUCUGUGUUCAAGACUAACAUUUCCUACGUAGAUAUAUGUGACAACUUCAGCUUCCGCUAUGCAGCAGCUGAAGGCUGCAGUAAUAGCCUUCUCGUCUCUUCAGGAAUACUGGUAGUAAAUAAAUAAAUAAAUAAAUAUAAAAAAAAAAAACGCGUCCCGGUCAAUUGAUGAACCGGAAUUGAUCUCCCGGAUCUAUUUCCAGUUUCGGUUGAGCUUGAAAAAUGGCAGAGAAGAAGAAAGAAAAGGGUGAAGAUACAUUCGAGGUGAUGGACCUUGCAGAGUAUGCCAAGAAACAGCGAUGGUGGAACCGAGUCUUUGGGCAGAACUCUGGACCGAUUGCAGAGAAAUACUCUGUAGCAACUCAGAUAGCUAUCGGAGGAGUAACGGGCUGGUGCGCUGGGUUCCUCUUCAAGAAAGUGGGAAAGGUGGCUGCUUCUGCUGUGGGCGGGGGAUUCUUCUUGCUUCAGAUUGCAAACCACACAGGUUACAUUACAGUGGACUGGAAGAGAGUUGAGCAGGAUGUGAAGAAGGCAAAGAAACAGCUCAAACUCGGUGCUGAGAAGCCACCAAAAGAAGUGCGAACUAAAGUGGAUGAGGUGACCACAUUCGUAAAGAAGAACAUCGUGCUGACCGGGGGCUUUGCCGGGGGCUUUCUGAUUGGACUGGCAUCUUAGAAAUCUCAUUUUAUAAAAUGCCUUUUUUCUUUUUCGUGUAUCACAAAAUGUAUCUCUUCAAUGUAAAGGAAGGUGAUGGUGUUAUAGCAAGGUAGAAAAAAGGCACAGUAACUGCACUGUGUUGGAACCACUGCUGAGUUCUAUUACUAUAGGAGUUUGGGGUAUGAUUAUGAUUUUUGAACGUGACAAAAAAAUGUGUCUAGGUUUAUACAGCGCAUGAAAAUUCUGCUCCAGAACCAGUUUGCGUGCCGAUUGAAUGUAGUUGUUCUUGUGUUGAACUUUUUUCUUAGAUUUUUUUUGUUUUGUUUUUUGUUUAAUGCAGACUUCAGUAAAGAAUGUUUAAUAAAAACAAUCUGCAUUUAGAAUUUGGGCAUUUCGAUUAGGAUGUUCCUGUUCGAUCGUCAGACCACUUGACUGGGUCUUAUAAUAGAGAUUGGAUGCUGUUCACAUACAGGGUAACUAGGAUUGUACCACAUAGCAUGUGGCUUUUAUUUGUAUAUGUAUUCAUGUUAAUAGUUACUUUAAACAGUACAGGGAGAACAGUGAAGUCAAGCUGCCUCUUCUGCAUGUUAGCCUGCUUUGUGAAGAACUGGGGGUGUAACUUACUGUUAUUCCUGUUUAAAAAGGAAUGUGACUGAGUCUACAUGAAGAAGACAUCUGGCACUUCAGUUUAUUGUCCCUGAACCUACUUUAUCUAGUACACAACAAAACCAUAAACUACUUGUCUAAAAGCCCAGCACAAGCUACUCUGUUAAGUCUUUGAUUUACAAAGAAAAGUUACUUAAGAUUGAGCUUCACAAGUCACCUAAUUUUAUGAAGUAUGUAAGUAUGCAUGUAAUGGCCAAAUAGUUCAGACUGCAAACAAUUCUGCAGAUUAUGUAUGUGAGAAAUUGUGUAGCUUGUGCCAAAGAGAUUUGCAGUUAUUUAUUACAAAGCUUUUGCUUUUACAAUAAUCACAACAUACAGACAAUUUCAGAUGUUUGGGUGUUCAGAUGUUUUCACUAUAACAGGACGUGUAGGUUGUUGUUUUUGUAUUGUUUUUUUUCUCGUUCAGAUUAUUGAAAUGCACUGCUGUGUUUGUUAUAAAUAUGCACCACAGUGGAAAAUAAAACUUAAAACAAAAA